CGUGGAGGGCCUGGAGGCAGCAUCCGGGAGGGCGCCCCUCGGUGCGCCUGCCCCCCGGGGUGAGGCCCAGAAUUUUGGCUGUCACCUGACGGGCAGGAAGUUGGCAGACCACACAGCCUGACUCAGGCUCCCAGAAGGCCUUGAGCAUCAAUCUGACAAGGUCUGAGAUGUAGAUACUGCCAAGCCAGCUCGGCCCCCCAGACGGACCAUCCCUCCUCUGUCCCAGCCAUCCAGGCUGCAGAUCCAGUGGGAGAUUGGCUGAGUGAGGACAGGAGCCAGCAGAAAGUGUAUGUGUCAGAGCUCAGAGACAGCUCUGCAGCUUCUAUAUUUUGAGCACCUGCCACAUGCCAGGAGGCGGGCCCGAGAUGGACGAGUACAUGGAGACGCUGAAGGACGAGGAGGACGCCCUGUGGGAGAACGUGGAGUGCAAUCGGCACAUGCUGAGCCGCUACAUCAACCCAGCCAAGCUCACCCCCUACCUGCGCCAGUGUAAGGUUAUCGAUGAGCAAGAUGAAGACGAGGUGCUUAGCGCCCCCAUGCUGCCAUCCAAGAUCAACCGGGCAGGCCGAUUAUUGGAUAUUCUACAUACCAAGGGGCAAAGAGGCUAUGUGGUCUUCUUGGAGAGCCUGGAAUUUUACUACCCAGAACUGUAUAAACUAGUGACUGGAAAGGAGCCCACCCGGAGAUUCUCCACCAUUGUGGUAGAGGAGGGCCACGAGGGCCUCACGCACUUCCUGAUGAAUGAAGUCAUCAAGCUGCAGCAGCAGAUGAAGGCCAAGGACCUGCAGCGCUGUGAGCUGCUGGCUAAGUCCCGGCAGCUGGAGGAUGAGAAGAAGCAGCUGACACUUACACGGGUGGAGCUGCUGACCUUCCAGGACCGGUAUUACAAGAUGAAGGAGGAGCGGGACAGCUACAAUGAUGAGCUGGUCAAGGUCAAGGACGACAACUAUAAUCUAGCCAUGCGCUAUGCCCAGCUCAGUGAAGAGAAAAACAUGGCCGUAAUGAGAAGCCGAGACCUCCAACUCGAGAUUGAUCAACUGAAGCACCGGUUGAACAAGAUGGAGGAGGAAUGUAAGCUGGAGAGAAAUCAGUCUCUGAAGCUGAAGAACGACAUCGAGAGUCGGCCAAAGAAGGAGCAGGUCCUGGAACUGGAGCGAGAGAAUGAAAUGCUGAAGACGAAGAUCCAGGAGCUGCAGUCCAUCAUCCAGGCCGGCAAGCGCAGCCUACCAGACUCGGACAAAGCCAUCCUGGACAUCCUGGAGCAUGACCGCAAGGAAGCACUGGAGGAUCGGCAGGAGCUAGUCAAUAAGAUCUACAACCUGCAGGAGGAGGUCCGCCAGGCUGAGGAGCUUCGGGAUAAGUAUCUGGAGGAGAAGGAGGACCUGGAGCUCAAGUGCUCAACCCUGGGGAAAGACUGCGAAAUGUACAAGCACCGCAUGACCACUGUCAUGCUGCAGCUGGAGGAGGUGGAGCGCGAGCGGGACCAGGCCUUCCACUCCCGAGAUGAAGCUCAGACCCAGUAUUCACAGUGCCUGAUCGAGAAAGACAAGUACCGGAAGCAGAUUCGUGAGCUAGAGGAGAAGAACGACGAGAUGAGGAUUGAGAUGGUGCGGCGGGAGGCCUGCAUUGUCAACCUGGAGAGCAAGCUCCGGCGCCUCUCCAAGGACAGCGGCACCCUUGACCAGAGUCUGCCCCGAAACCUACCAGCCACCAUCAUCUCACAGAGCUUUGGGGAUACUGGCCCCAGGACCAAUGGUCAGGAAGCCGACGACUCAUCCACCUCUGAGGAGUCACCAGAAGACAGCAAGUACUUCCCACCCUACCACCCACCGCGGCGCAGGAUGAACCUGAAGGGCAUCCAGCUGCAGAGAGCCAAAUCCCCCAUCAGCCUCAAGCGAGCAUCUGAUUUUCAAGUCAAGGGCUUCGGAGAUGACAGCACAGAUGCCAGCCCCAGCUCUGCCCGCUCUCUGCCCAUCAGCAGCUCUUUCUCCAAGAUGCAGCCCCACCGGAGCCGGAACAGCAUCAUGUCAAUCACCGCCGAGCCCCCAGGCAACGACUCCAUCGUCAGGCGCUGCAAAGAAGACGCACCACCCCGCAGUGCAGUUGAAGAAGACAAUGACAGUUGCGGGUUCGACACCUUAGACCUGGACGAUGACAGUCACGAUCGCUACUCCUUCGGCCCUCCCUCCAUCCACUCCUCCUCCUCCUCCCACCAGUCAGAGAGCCUGGAUGCCUAUGACCUGGAGCAGGUCAACCUCAUGUUCCGGAAGUUCUCUCUGGAAAGGCCCUUCCGGCCCUCGGUCACCUCUGUGGGGCAGGUGCGGGGCCCGGGGCCAUCGGUGCAGCACGCAACACUCAACGGUGACGGCCUGUUCACUCAGCUCACCCUGCUGGGGGGCAACGCACGCGGGAGCUUCAUCCAUGUGGUCAAGCAGGGCUCACUGGCUGAGAAGGCAGGACUCCAUGAGGGCCACCAGCUGCUGCUGCUGGAAGGCUGCAUCAGAGGCGAGCGGCAGAGUGUCCCCUUGGACACAUGUACGAAGGAAGAGGCCCGCUGGACCAUUCAGAGGUGCAGUGGCCCCGUCACCUUGCACUACAAGGUUAACCACGAAGGGUACCAGAAGCUGCUGAGGGACAUGGCAGAGGGCCUGAUCACAUCAGGGGACUCCUUCUACAUCCGCCUAAACCUGAACAUCUCCAGCCAGCUGGACGCCUGCUCCAUGUCCCUGAAGUGUGAUGACAUCGUGCACGUUCGUGACACCAUGUACCAGGACAGGCACGAGUGGCUGUGCGCAAGGGUCGACCCCUUCACGGACCACGACCUGGACAUGGGCACUAUACCCAGCUACAGCCGGGCCCAGCAGCUGCUGCUGGUCAAGCUGCAGCGCCUGAUGCACCGGGGCAGCCGGGAAGAGGCAGACACAGCGCACCACACCCUGCGGGGCUUCCGGAACACCCUGCAACCCGAAGAGCCGCUUUCGACGAGUGACCCCCGGGUCAGCCCACGCCUCUCCAGAGCAAGUUUCCUCUUUGGCCAGCUCCUCCAGUUCGUCAGCAGGUCAGAGAACAAGUACAAGCGCAUGAACAGCAGCGAGCGGGUCCGUGUCAUCUCAGGGAGCCCCCUGGGCAGCCUGGCCCGUGCCUCUCUGGAUGCCACCAGGCUCUCGGCUGAGAAGCAGGAAGAGCUGGACCCAGAGAGCGAGCUCAGCAAGAACCUCAGCCUCAUCCCCUACAGCCUGGUGCGCGCCUUCCACUGUGAGCGCCGUCGGCCGGUGCUCUUCACGCCCACUAUGCUGGCCAAGACGCUGGUACAGAAGCUGCUGAACUCGGGUGGCGCCAUGGAGUUCACACUCUGCAAGUCAGAUAUUGUCACAAGAGAAGAGUUCCUCAAAAAGCAGAAGACAGAGACCAUCAUCUACUCCCGGGAGAAGAACCCCAACACUUUUGAGUGCGUUGUUCCUGCCAACAUCGAAGCUGUGGCAGCCAAGAACAAGCACUGCCUGUUGGAGGCCGGGAUGGGCUGUGUGCGAGACCUGAUCAAGUGCGGGAUCUACCCCAUCGUACUCUUCGUGCGCGUGUGUGAGAAGAAUAUCAAGCGCUUCAGGAAGCUGCUGCCCCGGCCCGAGACAGAGGAGGAGCUCCUGCGGACCUGCCGCCUGCGUGAGAAGGAACUGGAAGCACUGCCCUGCCUGUACGCCACGGUGGAGGCCGAGGCCUGGAGCAGUGUGGAGGAACUGCUUCGUGUCCUCAAAGACAGGAUCGGUGAGGAGCAGCGCAAGACCAUCUGGGUAGACGAGGACCAGCUGUGAGCCCUGGGUCCAAGCAGUGACCGCAGAGCCACAUAGCCGAGCUCUGUGCCGCCUUGAUGGAAGCCCCCUCCAGAGAGCCAGGUGGAUACCACAAGGGCCGACUCCAGGCAGGAGCAGGGUGAGCGGCCACCCGGCCGUGUGCAGAGAUGGCGAGCAGAGGCCGUGGAGCCCGAGGUCUGCGGCCGGCCGGCUCCUCACGGUCCAAGCAGUGGCUGAAUGUAACGUGUGGGACACUUGUGCCACUGGUGCCACAGGGCCCCAGGAACCCACAGUGAGGCACCUUGGACAGGAUAGGCAUUCAGGAAGGGGACAGGCACUGUGCUGGUUUUCCUCACAUUAAAUGUCUCUGUUUCUUUGCUCUCCAUUUCAUCAUUUGUGAUGCCAUCAUUUGCAGAGGUUUAGCUCCUGCCAGCUUCCUAAGCUGCCCACUGCCGAGCUGAGGAACAGAAGGGGCACGAGGCGAGGGCCAGGUGAUGCCUGGGUCUGCAGCCUCUGACCUGGUACGUCCUGACCUGAAAAGAAGUGUGGUCACCUGGGGAGGGCCAUCCCUGUACUGUGCUGGACCCUGCACCCCAGCUGCAGCCCCAGCCCUGAGGCCAGAUGCCCCUCAGCACUCCCUACAUGGUAUUUUUUCAGUGCUGGGGCUCAAACCCAGGGCCUUUGCACCUAGCUGUGU